AUGCUACCGAUUGAUGGCACCAGAAAACUAUCUUUCAAUCGCUGUAUAAGCGAAGGAGAUUUGGUGAUAGUUUACGAGAGGCACGAUAUUAUGAAGCCGGUCAAAGUUUCCGGUGAUGGGGUUUUCCAAAAUCGGUUUGGUGUGUUCAAGCAUGGUGAUUGGGUCGGGAAACAGUUCGGCUCGAAGGUGUUCAGCAGCAAAGGUGGGUUUGUUUACUUGUUGGCUCCGACCCCCGAGCUAUGGACCCUGGUUUUGAGCCACAGGACUCAGAUUUUGUACAUUGCGGAUAUUAGCUUCGUUGUCAUGUAUUUGGAAAUUGUCCCGGGAUGUGUGGUGCUCGAGUCCGGUACCGGAAGUGGGUCCCUGACAACCUCCCUUGCUCGUGCUGUGGCGCCAAAUGGGCACGUGCACACCUUCGAUUUUCAUGAACAGAGGGCUUCAUCGGCCAGGGAGGAUUUUGAGAGGACUGCAUUGAGUAGUUUGGUGACGGUCAGUGUAAGGGAUAUACAGGGCGAGGGUUUUCCCGAAGAGUUUUCGGGACAGGCAGAUUCUAUUUUCCUUGACCUGCCUCAGCCAUGGUCGGCCAUUCCUUCUGCUGCUAAAAUGCUACAACAAGAUGGUGUCUUGUGCUCGUUCUCUCCUUGUAUCGAGCAAGUACAAAAAUCUUGCGAAACAUUGAAGUUACAUUUCACUGAUAUAAGAACAUUCGAGGUACUUCUCCACACAUAUGAAGUUCGAGAAGGGAACUUGGGAAGCUGGCAAGAUAGUGAUGGGAGUUUGGGGACUCUUAAGGGUUCCAAGAAAAGGCAGCGCUCUGCAAACAAACUGGAAAAUUGGAAACCUCCGAUGAUCAUGGCUAGAAGAAGCGGUGAGGCUAAAGGGCAUACGGGUUAUUUGACGUUUGCCCGACUCAAGUGUAUCGUGUAA